AUGUUCCGAUUGUUGUUCUUGUUCCUUGGCAUAUUGGUUGUGGUGAGAGGAGAUGCCAACAAAGCGACGACACACACCAAGCGAGCCAUUCGACCAAACCCUCGCAACGGACGAUGGAUCGAUACGUGGGCCUCCAUGCCUCAAUUGACUGAGCCAGCAAACUUGCCGCCUCCACCUUUCAACCAGACUGGUGCUGUAUUUGUCAAUUCCACCAUUCGACAGACGUUGAAGGUAUCCGUGGGUGCAUCCCAGAUCCGUCUCAAGAUAUCAAAUGCUUUCGGUGUUACCAACUUGCCGAUUACGGCAGUCACGGUUUCGCUUCCAGCAAACAAUACUGCCGGUAUCCACCAAAUCCAGCCCAACACCGUGCAAAAGGUCACCUUUUCAGGGAAUAGUUCCAUCUCGAUUCCUAACGGUGCGCUUGCCGUCUCCGACCCUUUGGAUUUCAAAGUCAAUCCUCAGAGCGUAGUGACUGUGACUAUUUAUCUGAAAGAUGGUCAGACUACGAACAGCAUCACAAGUCAUCCAGGCAGCAGGACAACAAGCUGGUGGCAGUUUGGGAAUGCUGUUGAUGCUGCAUCGUUGACCAUCUCUGACCGAGCGAAACAGAGCGCGGCACAUUGGUACUUCCUCUCAAGCAUUGAAGCAUGGGUUCCGCAACACUAUGGCAGUCUUGCUAUCGUAGGAGACAGCAUCACAGACGGGAGAGGAUCUGAAACGGAUAAGAACAACCGUUGGCCAGACCUUCUCCUCGCCCGUCUUCAGAAGGGUCCCUCUACGCGACAUAUCGGAAUCGCCAACCAGGCUGCGGGAGGGAACAGGAUUCUAGCUGACGGUCUUGGUCCUAAUGCACUUGGAAGAAUUGAUCGUGACGUCCUUGCCCACCCGGGUGUUAGAUAUGCCAUGAUUUUCGAAGGUGUCAACGACAUUGGUACGGCCGCUACCACAUCGACAGCACAAGAUGCAGUCUAUGAUAGUCUCACGCAAGCGUAUCGACAGAUGGUGACCCGUAUCCACGCUUUUGGUAUCCCCGUAUUCGGAGCUACCAUCACGCCCUUCAGCGCGCCUGCGAACUUCACGGGUCAGCCAUACAGCCAUCCCGAGAGGGAGAGGACGAGGACGCGGAUUAAUAAUUGGAUACGAAGCAGUGGCGUAUUCGAUGCAGUGGCUGAUUUUGACAAAAUUCUGAGAGAUCCGAACAUUCCGACGCAGCUCAAGUCGGAAUUCGAUAGUGGCGAUUAUCUCCACCCGAGUGUAAAGGGAUAUCAGAGGUUGGCCGACUUGUUCCCUGUGGACGUCUUCGCCGCAUGGGAACAGGGUGCCGAUGAAUUCUUUUAG